CUAGUGCCUUCCUAUAAUUCCCCCAGGUGCCCAGAAGGAAAGACAAGUUCUCCUACAAUUCACUGGAAAAGAAUUUGAGUGGCUCACUUGCUGCAGUGUGAAGAACUAUAGGAUAUGCCUUCAGAAAUCCCAGUGCCUCACAUGGGUCCUGAAGUUGUGAUUGCCAUGCUCAGGUAUUGAUGCUCAUAUGCACAGCUGUUUAAAAUGGCAGAGGGAGGUGGCAACGAAGAGGUAAUUCACUUGAACAGUUUCCGUAGUCACAGUGGGAAAGACUGGAUAAACAGGAGAGAUGAAGGACUUAUCACCAUAUCGGACUCCUCAGAUGAAGAGUUACCUUUGUUGCUAGACACGCCACUUCAGCAGCGGCAGGAAGAAGAUGACGACGAUGUAGUCAUCCUGGUGGAGACCCCAAAACAGCAGAUUCCGCGUCCCAAUGUCAUCAGAUCUGCUGCUCAGUGGCAAGGUGUGAACCAACUGGGAGAAGUAUCUAAGGGUGACAUGGCAUUGAAGAGUUUGCAUCUGCAAGCGGGGAUUCGUCCUUUUGUGGUGUGCCAGAGAGCCCAUUGUAACCACGUGGGGGAGAAUGGUGCGGGGCCAAGCAGAGACCAGAAUGGAAACCAUGCCUCACAGCUGCCUGGACCCUCUGAACACUGUAGGCACAGGGUUGAAAGAGGGGGUGAUUCAGAGCCUGGGCCAAGCGUGGUUCAAGCAAUAAAGACAAGUCCACGACCCACUGGUGAAAGGGAGAUAAUCAACCUGGAGGAAGCUGGCUUCCUACCUAUAUGGGAGGAAAAUCUGGAAGUACAGGACCAGGAGGAUGAAGACUUGGAUCAAGAGCUCUUACAAAACCUCAGAGGAGCAAUUGCUGCUGCAGCAGCAGCAGCAAGCAGACAGGCCACCAGAGACAACAGUCGGUUGGAUCAUCCUUAUUUCCAGCCUGUAGACAAUGAGCCACAUACUGUAGCAAGCUGUUGUGCUCCGCAGCAAGGGCAGCCUGAAGCAGAACUGGGAUCUUUGCUAAGGGCAUACCGGGAGGAGAACCCUGGGCCAGCCUUUCCCAGACCUGAACCACAACAGGAUGGGAUUCCAGGUCCUGCUUCUCCUCAACCAGCUCAUCCCCCAGAGGAAAUGAGAGGCCAGUGGGCAGCAAUAGACAAUGAACAGCCAGGCCCAGCCUUCCCUGCACAGGGAUCACAUGAGCCUGGCUCUGGUAAUGUUCCAGAGCAAGGAGCUGCUGGGCAGGAUGAAGAUCUCACUGCCCUGCUCAUCAAAGAAACAGAAGCAAGAUUCCCAGAUGUGAGGAAAGAGUAUGUUGAGGAAUUAAUUCACAUCAAGAACUGCUAUGACCUAAAUGUACUUUGUAAUUUUCUUCUGGAAAAUCCAGAUUAUCCAAAGAAGGAAGGCAGAGUGGUUUUAAAUCCCAAUAGCAGCCUGCUCGCCAGCCAAGAUGAGACAAAGGUGCCUAAAGUGGACUACUUUGACUUUUCCAAACUUGCCCCGCUUGACCAACGAUGCUUUAUCCAAGCAGCUGACCUCCUUAUGGCCGACUUCAAAAUGCUGAGCAGUCAGGACAUCAAGUGGGCACUACAUGAACUCAAGGGACACUAUGCAAUCACACGAAAGGCCUUUUCUGAUGCCCUCAAAAAAUGGCAGGAGCUGUCUCCUGAAAACAGUGGGAAGCGAAAAAGGAGGAAAGAAAUGAACCAGUUUUCCUACAUUGAUUUCAAAUUUGAGCAAGGUGACGUGAAAAUUGAGAAGCGGAUGUUCUUCUUGGAAAACAAGAGACGGCACUACAGGUCCUAUGAUAGACUCUCGCUUCUCCCACCCGUGCAACUGGAGCAGGAGUUCUAUGAGCAGAAAAUUAAAGAGAUGGCAGAGCAUGCAGACUUCCUUCUUGCCCUGCAGAUGAACGAGGAGCAGUAUCAGAAGGAUGGUCAGAUGAUCGAGUGUCGCUGUUGCUAUGGGGAAUUCGCGUUUGAGGAACUGACGCAGUGUGCAGAUGGUCACUUGUUCUGUAAGGAGUGCCUCAUCAAAUAUGCUCAGGAGGCAGUCUUUGGCUCUGGGAAGUCAGAGCUCAGCUGCAUGGAAGGGAGCUGCACAUGUUCAUUCCCGACCAGUGAGCUGGAGAAGGUACUCCCAGAGAACAUCCUGUGUAAAUACUAUGAGCGGAAAGCUGAGGAAGAGGUGGCUGCUGCCUGUGCAGAUGAGCUAGUCAGGUGUCCUUUCUGUAACUUCCCUGCGCUCCUGGACAAUGAUGUGAAGCGGUUCAGCUGUCCCAAUCCUCGCUGCAGGAAGGAAACCUGCAGAAAGUGCCAGGGGCUAUGGAAGGAGCACAUGAAUCUUACCUGUGAACAGCUGGCUGAGAAGGAUGACAUAAAAUAUAGAACAUCUAUAGAAGAAAAAAUGACUGCAGCCCGAAUUAGAAAAUGCCAUAAGUGUGGGACUGGCCUAAUUAAAUCUGAGGGUUGCAACCGCAUGUCCUGUCGUUGUGGUGCCCAGAUGUGCUACCUCUGCCGAGCCUCCAUUAAUGGGUAUGACCACUUCUGCCAACACCCUCGAUCGCCAGGGGCCCCUUGCCAGGAUUGUGCAAAAUGCUCUCUCUGGACCGACCCCACGGAAGAUGAUGAGAAGAUAAUUCAGGAGAUUCAAAAGGAGGCUGAAGAGGAGCAAAAGAAGAAAAAUGGAGAAAGCAGUUUCAAGAGGAUCGGCCCUCCUGUGGAAAAGCCUGUGGAGAAAAUCCAGAGAGUUGAAGUCAUCCCAAGACCAGUCCCUCAGAACAUCCAUCAGCCCCGAAUGCCCCCUUAUCCCUUUGUGCAUCCACCCUUCCCGCUGCCUCCUGUCCGCCCGUUGUACAACAACAUACCCCUGAACAUAGGACCCAUCCCUGCCCCAUACGUGCCCCCACUGCCUAACAUGCGGGUGAACUACGAUUUCCCCCCGAUCAAUGUUCAGCUGGAGCACAACUUGCCUAUGCACUUUGGUCCACAGCCUCGGCAUCGGUUCUGAUCUGGUUCAAACAGCGCUAGUAAUGGAGUCUGCAGGGAGAAGCCACGCUGGCCCCACCACCAUGCUCCCCUCUUCACACUCUGUCCCCCAUCAUUUCAGCCAGCUGCACGGGGAGCAGAUCUAGAUUCCCCUCCCCCCCACACACAGUAUUUAAGGCUUCUAUGAUGUUUCAAUCUUUGUAAUUCAACAUUUGAUUCUCUUGAAUCUUCUAACCGUGUUGCACAGCCUUUGGAGCAGUAAGAGGCUGCACAGUUCAGGCCUGGGGAUCUCCGAGGGUCCUUCUGUUUCACAAAUGCUGUUCAGGGAAGUGAUGCUGUGUGGAGAUGUAGUCAUUCAGUCCACCCCUUGUGCCAAAAACUUACCUUCCUGUCUGCAAAAGCAGCCCCCCCUCUUUAAUGUGAAGGCUAGCUGGAAGGGAAGGUGAUGUGGGGAAGCUUGAAAUUAUUCAGAUGCUGGUAAUAAGAUUCAGCUGUCUCUUCCUUCACACCUGGAUAAUAUUGGGGGAAAGGGGUGAAUCUGAGCAUCAGGUCUGAUUAUUCCUUGGAGAAUAGUCCCAAAUUUUUACUGUAAUCUGCAAUAGCCCUAACAGACAGGAGUCUGUACAAGCAAAUCUACAACCAUUUUGCUGAGCCCGGAAGCACCUGUCCUGGUGAGAGCCCAGUGCUAGGAGGCAGAAGCCAUCUUGCUGCGAAGUACCACUCAUGCCUCUGCAUAGCAGCUCAAAGAAAGGCUACAAACCACUGGCUUCGUAUUGUAAGCCACAACUUUCAGAAGUGAUGCGUGAUUUGGGGUGCCUAGCGUGAGACACCUUAAAGGGGCAAGGUUUUUCAGAGGACGAGUGGCCAGUACUUCCUGAAACACAGGGUCCUUUUCAGUGUCUCAGGUUGGGCACACAUAAUCACUGGUCAUUUAUGAAAAUCUUGGUUAUAACAGUCGGUAGAAACAUACAAAUUGUUCAGAAGAUCAACAGGAAGGCUGAGAUUUUGAGUUGCAUAUGGGCUAAACUGCAAGCCCCCCGUUGCAGUAACCAAUUCUGCACCCUUAGUGCCGUGCAUGCAAGCCUGGUAGCUGCGUACAUACACUGUGCACACAUCCAACUCUGAAAACCUGGGCCCAAAGCUUUUCCGGCAUGUUUAAAUCACUUUAAAAUGGGCUGGAAACUGAUUUGCAGAGAUGCUGUCAUUGUUAGGGUACAGCUGCUCUGGAUGGGGAGGCGGACUUUCCAGUGGGUGCAGACAUACCUCCACUAGCUUGAUCAAGCCAGUGCACCAACAACGGCAAUGUAGCCACAGCAGCAUGAGCAGCGGGCUGGGCAAGCUGCCCGAGCACGUGUCUAGAGUCUCGGAUGGGAGCGUUCUCAGAGCUGCUCGCCCAUCCUGCUGCUCAUGCCACAGUAGCUCAGUCAGAGGUGGUGCGGGUAUGUCUAACCGAGCUGGAAAUUACACCUCCAGUUCUCGUGUAAGCAGCAAAAUACCCGUUUCAACACAUUUAAUAAACUUCUGAAAAAAUCAGUCUAAUCAGCUUGGGAAGACUUCAGACUGUAAUACUGCUGAGCUUAGCCAAAGGGCUGCUUAGGAGAAACCGGUUUCCUUUAAGAAGCAAUGUGGCAAACUCCUUUAGGCAAUCAGGCUCACUCCUGCUUUACCUGUGACCGGAGCUGAGGAGCAGCCUCUGGCUGGCUUGAGCUGGGAGCAGCGUGUGACUCGGGGGCAGUAUUGUGGUCUGGCUACAGACGAAUAAGCCAAGUGAGGGAUGUGAUAGAAGGGAAGGAUGGGGUGGAAGGCUUGAGGCUGCCUGUGUCAAAUGGGUAAAUUUUAUGCUAGAGCUGCAGCUUUGCAGGCACAAGCCUCUCCCCCCCCCCCCCCUUUCCCCACACACACGCUGUAGUGACUGAUAGGAACAGAGCUUUUCUUAACAAAUGGGGGGAGGAUGAGACUAUCAGAAUAUCCUUCCAUAAAUGCAGUCAUCUAGUUAAAAAAAAAACCCAACCACUUCAUCACACAGUUGUUCCCCAAACUGUUUGGUAUUCGUUAUUGUUGCUGUUAGGAACCAGAUCAAAUUAAUCCCCCCCACACCCCCCUUUUGAUUUCCCUCCCUGGAAGUUAACACCCAGGAUUUCUUUACAGGUGUCUGUCUUGCCUCGCUAAUCUGUCAGAUUUGCCCUCUCGCUACUCUCCAUUGACCCUCUGCAAGCACCAUCUCUUUGGGCAUUGAGCAGGCAGUGAACCAGGGCACUGUGAAGUCUGUGACUGGCAGCUGCAGGAGGCAGCAGGAGGAGGGUACAUGAGCGUGGCCGCCUGUGCUGUCCUGGGUAGGGUGUACUCUCGGGAGGAAUAUGGCAGCGAGCAAUACCUGGCUGGGCUGUGAGCAGGACAUUGCUAUCAGUAGUGGGAUAGUCUCCAGGAGGACCUUGCAGAGUGGAUGUUUUCAUACUUUUUGGAGCUGAUACAAUUUCUCCAGUCCCAGGUGUUAUGUAUAGGCCGAGAGAUGCACUGUUAACUGUUCGUUCCAGGUUGUCAAGUGCUAUUGCCAACGUAGAGUUGUUAACCACACCGUUAACUAUUUGUUGACAUUGCUGCUAAGACUUUUUAAUUUAAAAAAAUAGCCUAGGGGACGUAGUGGCUUACCGAAUGCUGCUCAGCUGGUUUUUAUUCAGGUUUAAAUCUGCACCUUAUACCGAACGAUCCCCUCAGUAGCCAUGGGCAGGCAUGUUGACACACUUGGAGGGCAGAUUGGGUGUGUGCACUUCCUAGCCACUUUUGCAGUUUCUCUGUUGGUUGAAAGGGCUCAGCCACAUGCAGAGCGAGUCCUACUGCUUCAUACUCUUGCUUCUGGAACAUGCCAUCCCUCCCGCACCUCGUGCACAGAGCAGGGUUCCUGCCUUCCCUCUAACCAGUCAGUGCCCGCACUGGAGAUGGAGCUUAGCUUUGUGUCUCGUCUAAUUGAAUCAAGGGGUAGUGGCCCGGGCUGCCAGUCCACCUCGGCUCUCGCUCCAGAGGUGCUGCUCCGCUUGCUAUACUGUGUCCCAUCUACCCAAUUAAGGAAUAAGGCUAAUGCAUUUCAGAAGGAGUCUUCUCUUUUCCUCACUCAGCUGGGAGGCUAGAGGCAUGAUGCUGGGUCUUAAGGCAGUAGUUCAAACAGGCAUCCGGGAGUGCCAGGGUGGGGUGAAUUUUGCCUUUGUCAGCUGGCCCUUCAUUUUAUCCUGAGAGACACAAGCAGAAAAGCCCCGACCCCUAUUACUGGAUAAUCCAUUGUCUGGUUUUACAAAGUGUAAAGAAAAAAGGGGUCAAGUCCCUUGGGAGGGUUGGGGGUUUUUUUGGUUUGUUUUUUAAAGUAAUAGAACCAAAGCAGCAUGAGCAUGGGUACAGGAGAGCCCAGUCGCUGUCUCCUGUAGGAUGCAUCAGACAUGUAUUGCUAACAGCUACAUCUCUAAGCAGCAUGGAACAUCUCCUGACUAAGGGCUGCUGCCUUUGCACAAUGCUCAUCUCAUAGACUUCCUCAGUCUAAGUUUAUCUGGAAUCGUGUUGGAAGGGGUGUGAGGUUCAGUUUCUCAUUGUGGGUGGGGAGGACACUAGCUGAAACAGCUUGUUGGCUUAGGAACUGGCUUCAGCUGGCAUCCUAAAGGCCGUCUAAAGAAAGUACUUCCCCUGGCAGGAUGCUGGUGGUCACCUUAGCAUGCUGGUGGUAGUGCUGGUACAGCUAAUAGGAGUAUUUGAGGAACGGGAGCAUGGGAAAUCUUGAUCGCUGAGCUGGCUUUCCAAACCAUGGCUGUGGCCUUUAUCCAAACAAACCUGGCCCAUCGGAGUGAGUCUGCCACCUCCUCGUCGCCAGUCACGUACUUCCUAAAUAAAGCAAUUGCUCUUUGAAAGCCUCAGAUGAAGCAGGUACUAAUUCUAAUACCCAGUGCCUUUGGGGAGUCUGUGUCCUUCAUUCUUCAAGUGUGUUGCACAGGGACUCUCGAAUACUCUGCUUAUCAAGCACAGUUACUGUUCCUUCAAAUCCAGUUAAAUAUAAAUUGCUUUUCCCUAUGCUUCCCCCUAUUCCUGCAUGUGCAGUUACAGUAGAGGAGACUAUUUGGGGAUGGUUUCAUAGCAGGAAGCACUCUCCAGUUAAAAUGUGAGGUUAUGAAUCUUUGGCCAUAUGUGCGCGUCUCUCUCCAUAGAUACAAUAGACUCCUGUAGUGAACGUCUAUCACCACACUAAAGAGCUGGAAACAACCAGACCCACCACUCACAGCUGAGCCAUAUCUUUGAAGUGGGUGGUAGUACCAACUCUCUGUAAUUUUUGUUAGGUUUAAUUUUAUAGUGUCUCGCCAAUUUGGGUGGAAAGAUUCAAUUUUAUACGGUAGUUAUUACUUUUUUUAGUUCCCCUGUGUCAGUCUGAAUUCAGCAAAACUGCUUGGACAGCAUGAGCGUUUGGAUUCUACUGUGCUGUGCCAAUCUCUCAAGCGAAUUUCAGCCUCAGUGCUUGACCAUAGACUAGCAAAGGUCGAUCACCAUGCAGAAAUAGAAGUGGUGUGGCCAUUUGCACACAGCCAUAUUGAAACCCUAGCCUAGAGUAUAGACCAUUAACAAAAAUAAUGGCCUGGCUCUCACUCCUGGCUUUUGUAUGUUUUUUAAAAUAUAUACAUGUUAGCCUGUGCGGGGAAAGACUGGAAAUGGGAGGAGAGGCACUAGGCACAGUAACCAAGGGAGGUCCAGUGUCUGUACUUCUUCUUUGUUAAAGGUAAGCACUGGGUCCUACUACAUGAGCAAACUUUGUACCCUCUGGAUUUGAUGGCGCAUGGCAAGCCUCCCGACUCUCCCAUCUCCGUGCCAAAGGGAAGCAGGGUUCCCCCUAGGUAGUGUUUGGGGAAGGUGCGGUGGUGAGGAGUCCUCGCUGAGAUGUGCCUGGAGUCUGUGCGUGCUGGAUGUCCCUCUCCAUUGGAGAUCCUUGAGUAGCCCUGCUGAGGGGAAGGAGAGAAUUUUUUCUCCUGUCACAAUGGCGAGGGCCCAUUUUGUGUCUGCGAGGAGAGAAAUCAGUGCUUAUUGUAUGAAACCACCACCAAGUCCUGUGGGCAACUACAGGCAGUCCAGAGAGAUCAGAUCAGCUCUUCACACAGCAUUUCACCUUUCGGUCCUUUCCGGCUCUGUGGUGAGGCUCCUGUCACAAAGGAAGCUCUGGACUAGGAAUCGCACUGUAGAGAAAUGAGGCUUCUCCUUCGCUGUCAUCCUAACUGGUGAUUUUAGAGCCCUCCAUUCUCUUCUAGCAUCAGUUGGGUUCAUGGGGAUGUUUCUCAGCUUAACGAACAAACCAUUUCCUGCGCAAUUCAAAACAAAAUUCCGUGGUUUGGACUUACCUGGUGUUUUUAUGGGUACAUCUACCCUGCAAAAUAAGACCCACCACAGCAAGUCUCAGAGCCUGGGUCAACUGACAUGAGCUCUCAGGGCUCAAAAUAGCAGAGUAGCUGUUCAGACAUGGGCUGGAGGCCAGGAUCUAAGACCCUCCUCCCUCACUGAGUUUCUGAGCCCAGGCUCCAGCCCGCACCUGAACAUCUACACUUGUUUUGAGCCCCGAGAGCCCGAGCUCUGAAAGUCGCUUCUGCAGGCCUUUUUACAGGGUAGACAUACCCUUUGCCCCCUUUGAAACCCCAGUGUUCUUCAAAGGGAGACGGGGAGAUGUCUUGUGGGCCCACAUCGAUGUUAUGACUGGUACUUUUUAUGAUUAAUUGCAGUGUCCUGUUUUACUUGCCUUAAAGGUGGAGAGAGAAAUUUGGUAUUUGCACUUAGCAAAACAUUAUAUUAAAACAACCCAACCUUGUAAAGACGAAUUGUGCAUGUUCUGCGACUUUGUAUAACAAUAGCCGAAAAUGAAUAGGUGGUUUAUUAAAAAAAAAAUAUUUUUCUUUACCCUCUGGUAGAAAACUUCUAAUUCUGUGUGUAAAAAGUCCCUGUAUCAUACUGUAAUUUGAAUUUUUUGUAAAUAAAUUUUGUGCACUCUG